CAGAUCCCAAGUUGGCAGACGAGUGCCAUGCGUCUACUUGGCCUCGUCGCACUGCUCGUCGCCGUCGUCCAAGCGACGACCGGCCCGUAUAUGAACGUGACGCACCCGCUGCAGUCGCCUCGUAGCCACUUGCACCCGUCGAUUGCCGCCUCGCCCUUCCCGACCGGCGCCUUCUGGACCAACUUUGUGCUCGGGAACGAAGCCGUCGCGUCGCUCCCGUACUCGGUCAAGAUCAUUGACCAGCAGCUGCAGAUUAGCUACCCGUUCCGCGUCGUGACGGCCGGUAACAUCAUCGAAGGCUUCACGGCCGAGCUCAUCGUCGACGUUGGCGCGUCGCCGCUGCUCGUGGUCCGCCACGAUGCGCUCAGCGUCACGCUGUCGUUCCAAGACGGCGGCAUCCUUCUGCACCUCGUGCGUGGCUCGCCGUACAUUACGCUCGAGUACAAGGGCGCAACGCCCGUGCUCUCGUCAGCGCUCGAGAUGCUGUCGCUCAAGGAGGACGCGGCCCAUCACUGCUCGGAGCUGCUGCUCGGCAACUGGCACAAGUGGCUCCUCUUUGCAUCCUCGCCCAUUCAAUGGGCGCGGUCGGACAAGGCGUUCAAGGGCCCGUCGUCGUACAGCGGUGUCCUGCGCUUUGGCCUCGAGCUCUACAGCGGCAUGCGCCCGCUCUUCGCGCAGCACGCGCCCACGUACCCGACCGGCGCCGCCAUCUCGCAUCAAGUCGACGCGACGAACGCGUCCGUCAUGCACUGGCGCUUUGACUGGACGACCGCGAGCUUCCCGGGAAGUGCGUCGCCGCCGCUGCUCAUGACGUGCCUGCUGCAUCAUAUGGACACGUUCACGGCCAACAUGACACUGCUCGACGAGGUCACCUACAUGGCGAUCCGCGGCCCGAUGACGGGCGUCGUCGGCAACUCGUGGACGUUCGCCGAUACGAUUGCCGACCCGGUGUGGGACUACCCGAGCAAAGGUCCGGUCACCUCCUCCAUCAAGGCAGCGCUCGCAGCCGACAUUGCACUGUACCCGACGUUCACGCCGGACGCCUACAACUUUGGCAAGCAGAUCGCCCGUGAAGCCCGCUUGGUGCUCAUCGCCGAGCGCUUCAACGACACGACGACGCUCGCGACCGGCCUGUCGAAAAUGAAGCGCGAGCUCGCCAAGUGGUGGGACGCGGCGUCGGUCAACUACUUUUGCUACGACACGACGUACGGCGGCCUCGUCACAAAAGCUGGGCUAGCCGACCGGGACGCCGAGUUUGGCUCGGGCUACUACAACGACCACCACUUUCAUUACGGCUACUUUGCGUACGCAGCCGCGGUGCUCCGGCGCCUCGACCCUACGUGGGUCGCAGCCCACGCGGACGCCAUCGCCAUGAUUGUCGGCGACAUUGCAGCCGACGACACGUCGUCGUUGUUUCCGGCGGCCCGGCACAAGGACUGGUUCACAGGCCAUUCGUACGCAAGCGGCCUCUUUAGCAUGUCGAACGGCAAGUCCCAAGAGAGCAGCUCGGAGGCUGUCAACGCCUACUACGGCGUCGCGCUCUACGCCUCGCUCGAUACGGACACGCGUUUCUACAGCUAUGCCAAGCUGCUCCUGGCCAUGGACGUGCGCUCGACGCAGCGCUACUGGCACAUGUCGGAACGUCAGACGCCCGCGAUCUACGAACCGGUGUUUGCGGCCAACCGCAUGGUCGGUGUCGUGAGUGAAAUGUCGGUCGUCUACUCGACCUGGUUUGGCAACCUUGCGUCCGAGAUCCACGGCAUCAACCUCAUGCCCAUCACACCGAUGACAUCGCACCUCGUCCGACCCGAGUAUGCGUGGCAGCAGCAAGAGGUGCUGCGUGCGAGCGCCGACAAGGGCCCCGACUUUUGGCCGACGUUGUCGCUGCUGGAUGAAGCGCUCGUGAACGCCUCAAGCGUCUGGGCGAUACUACUCGCGCGUGGAAACGCCAAGUACGACUCGGGCAACUCGGCCGCGAACGCGCUCCUCUAUGUCGCUUCGCAGCCGCCCUUCUCGCCCAACACGACGGCGGUGCCGCCGCCACCGCAGUGCUUUGGCUCUGCGGCGUGUGCGAUCGCGGGUGCCUUUGGCACGCCGCUUGCGUGCUGCGAGACGCUGCCCGGGUGCUGUCCGAGUGACAAUGUGUGCUGCACCCACGACGUGACGCCGACGGACGACACGGCGUGCCAUGGCGAGCCCGUGUGUGGCGCGCUGGGUCUUGGCUGCUGCGACUCGCCCGACGGCUGUUGCGACCCGUCCGGCGUUGUCCUCGGCUGCUGCAAGCCCAAGACCAAGGCCGUUGCGUCGUCGUCAUCGUCGGCGGCAGCAGGCAAGGACACGUGUGUGGGGCAGCCGGCGUGCGGUGCGCUCAACUUGGGGUGCUGUGGAUCGCCGGAAGGCUGCUGUGUCCCGACGGUCACGGGCCAAGUGCUCGACUGCUGCGCGCCAGUGACGCCAGUGCCAAGCAAUGCGACCAAGACGGCGGCGGAUGAUCGUCAAACGUGCCACCAGCAGCCCCAGUGCUUGCUGGCCAAGCUCGACUGCUGCGCGACGGACGCUGGGUGCUGCCAACCGGAUGGUAUCUCUGGUGCAGUCCUCGACUGCUGCGUUCCGCUGACGUCGGCGCCGCCCGUUCAGUCGGCCACGUGCUUCAACGAGCCAAAGUGCUUGGCGGCGGGCGUCGACUGCUGUGGGACGCCCGAAGGCUGCUGCAGCGCAAGCCCGCUCCUAGACUGCUGCAAAGACUUUGGCAAAAGCGCCGCAACGGAGAUUAGCGUCGGCGACGGCCCCAACUCGUGCGCAGCCAACCCGCGGUGCCUCACGGCCGGACCCAAGGGCACGCCGCUGUGGUGCUGCACCGACCCGACGGGUCCGGGCUGCUGCCCCGGUGCCGAGUGCUGCGAGCACAUGGGCACGUCGGUCGAGAAGAUACUCGCGAUCGUCGUCGGCGUCCUCAUAUGUCUCUGCAUCCUGUACUGCGUCACGCAGUUGUACCGGCGCCGGCACUACGAACCGAUCGAGCGCGAUGCGCGCGCCUGGUACUGCGCGGUCUUCAUGCUCGUCCUCGCCUCCUUUUUCGUCUACCUCAUGGUCGCCGACAUGCAUUUUGUCGCCCCCCAAGACGACUAA